AUGCUGCGGAGAGAGGCCGUCGGCCGCCGCUUCCGGCCGCCGCUUUGGCGUGCCCUGCCGCCGACACGUCCCCCAGGACUACUGCCGUUGAUGAAAAAUCCCAUCCCUUGCCACCGCCGCCAGCAGCAGCCGAAUAAGCCCUCUCAAAUUCAAGAAAAGGGUGUCAUUUUGGGCUUGGGAAUGCUCACCCGCCUCUGGCUGCCAGUGUGCCGCGCCGUUCCGGCCAGGCGCGCACGCGACGUCGGCAUCCGGCAUGUGGCUGACGACGGUGGAGGCCCUCCAUCUGCUGGCCUUCUGCCCGCCGGUCACCGUUCCACUGCAGUGGCGCCACCACCAGGGUCCGAUCCACGUCCUCCUGCUGGCACGCAACGGACUCCGUCCACUCCGGCGACGCCGCCAACCUACUCCAACUUCAAUGCCGCCGACAGCUCCGAACACCCGUCGGCACGUCGCCCUAGAGUGCCGGAGCACACGCUCCCUCCUCACUGCCGUCGCCGCCCCGAGCAGCAGCAGCAGCAGAAGCCGAAAAGAAGCGAUCUUUUUGGCUCGGCGUCGGCGAUACUGCAGCUGGGGAUGAAAACGGCUGUACCUCACCUCCGGCCGCCGCCAUGCCACGGUGGAGGCCCUCCAUCUGCUGGCCUUCUGCCCGCCGGCCACCGUUCCACUCCGGCGGCGCCACCACCGGUCGGACUUCUCUCGACCUUCGACGGGUCCGAUCUACGUCCUCCUGCUGGCACGCCACCAACUCCGUCCACUCCGGCGACGCCGCCAACCUACUCCAACUUCAAUGCCGCCGGCCGCUCCGAACCCCCGUCGGCACGUCGCCCUGGAGUGCCCGAGGACACACUCCCUCCUCACCAGCGUCGCCGCCCCGAGCAGCAGCAGCAGAAGCCGAAAAGAAGCGACCUUUUUGCCUCGGCGUCGGCGAUGCUGCGGCUGGGGAUGAAAACGGCGGUACCUCACCUCCGGCCGCCAGCGUGCCGCACUAUUCCGUUGCUGACCGGUGGAGGCCCUCCAUCUGCUAGCCUUCUGCCUGCCGGCCACGGUUUGACACCGGCGACACCACCCGUCUCUCCUUCGGUUGGACUCCUCUUCAACUUCCACGGCACUUGUCCUCGUCUUCCUGCUGGGCCUGGCACACCAUGGACUGGCCGCCAUCUCCUGGCGCCUCACUGUCCGGUGAUAAGGAUCAGGCGUCAUUUGCAGUUAAACAUGAUGAUUACUUUGAGAUUAGUGCUCAAGAAGGGAACUCAGCCAACAAAGCGGUUGCUAAGCACAUUUUCAGAUCCAGUGACAAAAGGGAUUAACCUGUUGUCAGUAGAGGAAUGCGAGAGUGCUAGGGAUGAAAUGUCAUCCGGCAUAGAAGAUGUCGUGGACAAGAUUGCAUGCCUUGAGGGUAACCUCCAGAACUUAAGUGCAAGCUAUUUGAAAGAAUUACUGCAACAUGUCUUAAAAGAGUGCAAGAAACACCAGUCGAAGGAAAUGUUAAAGAAGUUAUACUACGAGAAGAUUAGACCUGCACUAGUUGCACGUGUUCUUUUAUCACCUUAUUCUCUCAGUGACCAUAGGGGCAUCAAGUUGCUUGAAGAGUAUAAGAAACAUGUAACAGAUGCUAAGUAUUUGACAAGUAUCGACUUGAUGGAGGCGAUGAUAAACAUGACAGAGUUAUAUUGGAGCAUCUUCUUGGAUUUCCUAAGUGAAAAGGAUGUUUGGUAA